AUGUCUGCUCAGCUGCCCCUGCUCGAGAUCUGGGAGGCGUCUUCCGCCCAGCCCUUCUAUCCCGCCGUCUCCAAGGACGCCCAAUUCACCGUCGGCUUCGCGCUGCUCCUGGCUGCAUUCAUCCUCACUGGCAUCUUCGGCCUCACUCGGUCCAUCGUCACGCUGCCCGCCCUUGGCGUCCCCGCGUCGCUGGCUUUUGGCUUCGGAUCCGUGUACAUGAUCUGCGCGGUGCGCGUGCAAAUAACUGAGGACGGGCUUCGGUUCAGUGCUGAGGACAACCGCGUCAUGCAAGGUUUCGCCUUCCUGGACAAGACUCUGUUCACCACCUUUCUGUACAAUCCACCCCGAUCCAGUUCGCAACUUGACACCGACGGAGAUGGCGACGAUGUUCCAGCAUUCGCCAUUUCCCUCCCAUCGCUCCUCGAGACGCUGCAGAUUUUUGGUCUCACAGACCCAAACCAGCGGAACCCGUAUGCGGCGUUUGGCUCGAGAGAAGGCACAAAUGCAUUCGACAACAGGGUGCUUGGGAUGACUUCGCUGUGCCGCCUCUCUUACGAAGCACCCGGGGCGCCAUUGAAGAUUGUUUUGGAGGAGGCUGGAGUGACGACAACCUGCGAGUUGACAACUUACGAACUGGACGAGGCCGAAGAUGAAGACAUUCCUUUUGCAAGGGACGAAUUGGCCAUGAAGAUCAUCAUGCGGAGUUCGUUUCUCCACGACGCCGUUGCUGAGCUGGGCAGCACCAACCCAGAGAAUCUGGCGCUACGAGCCAGUCCCACGGCGCCCUUCUUUUCUCUGAGCGCUAGUGGGACGCUGGGCAGCACUGUGGUGGAAUUCGAUAGGCCGGAGAACAGCGGGCCAAAGCAGCAGGAUACAACGCUGCUCGAGACAUUCCAGGUAGCGCACCGCGUAGUCUACACAUACCGCUUUGCGUUGAUCAAAGCGGCGGCCCGUGCAAUGGCAGCAGCGACCAAGGUCAGCAUCCGGGGCGAUAGUCAGGGAGUGCUGAGCUUGCAGUUCAUGGUCGAAGUGGACAGCGGCCAAGUGAGCUUCAUCGACUUCAGGUUCGUGCCGCUGAUUGAAGAGGAAGCCGAGGAGGGAGAUGAAGACAGCGACGGCGAUAGUCAGAGAUAG